AUGGUAAGAAAGACCGAAUCCCCUGUCCGGCCGCCUGGCAGUCCCAGACCUGACGAGGCUCACAACCAGGCUAGUGAGUACGAUUCGACCAACAGUAAACUAACUCCCGCUGGGCGAGUGCGCGGUCCUACCGAUGAUUUGAGAUUAGACCUUCUUGGAUUUGGUGAGCAACAAACGUGGGAGUCAGGUCAUGUUUACUUUAACCCCCAACGCGAUGGAUACCUCCGCCCAGUAGACUCUGUGCUUCGAGCCAGAUCCUGGGCGGAACUUUUAUCGCUACUGAUCCUCCAUUGCGAACCACUUUUCCUGUCGACGUCAGUUGCUCCCCCGCAAGAUCUGAAGUCCUACCUGAUGCGUUUACGUCUUUGCUUCCAGUUGAUCCCGCAGAGGAACGGUAUGGUAGUAUUCGAGCCCUGCCCCGUCCCACCGAUGUUGGUGCGUGAAGAGGUUGACUGGAAUGUAAUAGAAGAUGAGAUGCGGGAUACUCCCGUCUUCCGACUCUCGAAGAUCGAGCGGUUCCGCGACGUCGAGCGCGGUAAAGUCUACAAAGUUGAUAUCCGUGGGGCGACAUUUGCCUACAAAAUGACCUAUGGGACCGAGUCCCUGCAACGAGAAAUUUCCAUGCUACGGAACAUGGAGCAGUGCAGCGAAGAAGAACGCUUGCUCCGAGUACCCAAGCUGGAAGAAAUUAUCGGCAUCGGUACGCAGUAUGCCGGUAUCCUAAUAACUUAUAUCCCGUCGCCGGCUUCCCUGGCUGACCUUAUGACGGCCGACAAUGACGGUGAGGUAAGCAUCGCCGAGCGCCAGAAAUGGUAUGAUUAAAUCGCCGACGCGGUGCAUACACUUUAUCGGAAUGGGCUCGUUUUGGGGGCAUGUUAAAGCAGCGAAUGUUGUGAUUGACGGUGUUCAUCGCAACGCGUGGCUCGUGGACUUCGAAGAGGGGACAACCCCGGGCUGGGUAGACGAUAGUAUAUUAGGAACGGAGGCUGGGGACUUGCAAGAAUUAAGCAAGAUCCGCAAGUUCUUGAGGUUGGAGAGCACUAGGCCACGGCAACCGGGGAGACGGCGAGGACUAGCCCC